AUGCUAUCCAAUCGUGGUGCAAAAAGUGUUGGGAGCCAAGAUAUUCCAUGGCGUUUUGCUCCUGGUGGUAACAAUCGGUAUGAUAAAGUCACAAACCCUACAGGUGUCAUCUCAUUUGGAACGGCAGAAAACGGUCUUGUUCAUGAGGAACUUGAAUAUUUCGUUUCCAAGAAUGUCCAAAUACCUGCUCUUGCCUUCUCCUAUCGCUUCAGCACCAUGGGCGGACCUCGAUUUCCUGGAGCCAUGGCGGCCCAUAUGAACGAGUAUUUCAAUCCACACUCUCCAGUAGAAUCUGAACAUAUCAUUACUGCCAGCGGACUCACAGCAAUCCACGAAUUGGUUGGGCGAAGUCUUGCGGAUCCUGGGGAUGGCAUUCUUGUAAGUCGGCCAAUAUACGGUCGCUUUGAACUGGAUUUCGGGAAUACUGCUAGCCUGAAUAUUGUAUACGCCGACUCAGAUGGUAUGGAUCCGUUCUCGCUAGACAUUGUCAUGCAGUACCAGAAAGCAUUUAAUCUGUCAGCUGCGAAGGGGGUGCAUGUCAAAGCAAUUUUGAUUGUCAACCCACAUAACCCUUCAGGCAGAUGCUACCCCGCGGAGACAUUGGCAGCUCUCAUGCAAUUCUGCCAACACAACUCCAUCCAUAUGAUCAGCGACGAAGUCUACGCCCUCUCAGUCUACGAUACAGGCUGCAAAGAAGCACACGUAUUCACAUCAGCUCUGUCUAUAGAUCCCACCGGAAUCAUAGACCCCGAAAGACUGCAUAUCUUCUACGGAAUGAGCAAGGACUUCGCAUCAGCAGGUCUCCGACUCGGCAGCUUGAUAAGUCGCAAUGCACUACUGAGAGAAGCAGUCGCUGCUAACAUGCGAUUUCACAAUCCAUCCGGUAUGUCCAUCGCUAUUGCGACGGCUAUACUGGAAGACCGAGCAUUCGUGAGGACUUUCAUCAGCCUGUGCCGAGAGAGACUUGCCGGUAGUCGUGCGUAUACAUGUCGAGUGUUAGACGAGGCGGGUAUCAAAUAUGCUCCGUCUGGCAAUGCGGGCUUCUUCCUUUACGUUGACUUAAGUCCGUGGCUCCCAGCGAAGACUUCAGAAGUAGGCGAUUCAGAGAGGGAGUUCUAUUUGGCACAGAAGUUGUUGAAUGGUGGUGUUGGGGUUCAUCCUGGAGAAGAGCAUGGUGAGAAAGCUGGCCACUUCCGGCUAGUGUUCAGCAGUUUCGACAGAGACACUUUGGCAGAAGGAUUGAGAAGAUUGUUGAGAAUUCUUGGGCCUGUCUCUAGUGUCGAAAGUGCUGUGAGUGGGGCACAGACUGAUGGAGUGGAGAUGAAUGGAACGAAAGCGAAUGGCGUGAAAAUCAACGGAUUUUAUUGA